AUGAACAAGCACAAUAACGAGGCAGGCCGCACGACCAUCCUGGACCACAUGCACCUGAAGUGCAAAUGCCACGGGUUGUCAGGCAGCUGUGAGGUGAAGACCUGCUGGUGGGCCCAGCCAGACUUCCGUGCCAUCGGCGACUUCCUCAAGGACAAGUAUGACAGCGCCUCAGAGAUGGUGGUGGAGAAGCAUCGGGAGUCCCGAGGCUGGGUGGAGACCCUGCGAGCCAAGUACGCACUCUUCAAGCCACCCACUGAGAGGGACCUAGUCUACUAUGAGAACUCCCCCAACUUUUGUGAGCCCAACCCAGAGACGGGCUCCUUUGGCACCCGGGACAGGACUUGCAAUGUCACCUCCCAUGGCAUCGAUGGCUGCGAUCUGCUGUGCUGUGGCCGUGGCCACAACACGAGGACGGAGAAGCGGAAAGAGAAAUGCCACUGCGUCUUCCACUGGUGCUGCUAUGUCAGCUGCCAAGAGUGCAUCCGAAUCUAUGAUGUGCACACCUGCAAGUAGGA